ACCAGCAGCGGUCCGGCUGGGCGUCUCUCACCAAGCCACGCUCACUUAUGGAGGCGAAUGAAACGUGCGCUGUCAUUACUGUGACCUUACAGCCGCGCUCUCUUGUGGGAUUAUUCGCGUUUAGACUCGGACGGCUUUGUGCCGAGCCCGAAAGACGGUUGCUGAGUAAUUCUUUCAGACCACCAGGUGAAGUGAAGUGGAGAGGGCUUUGGAUUGAUGGACAGGGACUACUCAUGUGUGUCUGUAUGUAGGACCACAUCUGACACCAGCCUGAGAGGACAGUUUAAUAAAUGUUGCUUUACCGUCUGGCGGCUGUCGCCAGCUCUGCAGGACCUACGGACGUCCACGCUGCAGGUCUCUCUGUGCCCAAAUCAGCGCUUCCACCCUUGUUCCCGCACACCCCUCCUUGGCACCGUCUGUUAAUGAGAUUGGAGCUGUUACCGAAUUCUCUGUCCAUAGUGUUCUCCACACGCCUGCAUACACAUUACACAUCACCACAGACUUCAAGUGUCCCUUGGACGAAUUCAGGAAGUGUGUAGUAGUGGCCUCCUCACCUUCCUCUACGAGGAAAUAAUCCAAAUGUUGAUCAGUUCUCAGGACAUACCAAAACGCUAAUUCAGGACUUAAAAAAAAAAAAAUCAUUAUUCUUUCUAAAUAAACAAUCCAAACCAAAAAAAACCCCAUUUUUUUAAAGUGCAUGCACAAUGAGCUCAGACAGUUUUCAGUACCGUGCACUGUAUGAGUACAAGCGAGAGAGAGGAGAUGACAUCUCCCUGCAGCCUGGAGACCUCCUUACUGUCAACAAGCUAGCAAUUCUGACCCCAGACUACCAGGAGGGUGAUGAGAAGAACCCCGCAGGCUGGCUCCACGGCACAAACGAGCGCACCAAGGAGAAAGGUGACUUCCCGGGGACGUUCGUGGAGUACGUUGGGGUUGUGCAUUUGGGCCUGCCUGCAGGAAAACCCUGGCCUAGACCUGUUCCCCCAACCCCUGGAGGACCUCAAACACCUGUAGGACCCCAGCCUCCAGGAGACUGCAUUUCAGGAGGCUGUGGGUUGGGGGAUUCUCUGGAGCAGUGUACCGUGCCGGACCAAGCCCCAGCCGUGGUACUCAGGCUCACUGAAGCGCUGGAGAGACCGGGCUGGGAAAAUGAGCCUCUCUACACAACCCUGUUAGCUCCCAGUGCACCGCUCGACCUACAACAGGCUCUGGAUACAGACCCUGCUGCAGUGGAGUGUGAGCAGUAUGACUUGGCCGUGUUGGCUGAUACUCUCAGGGCUUACCUGCAGGAGCUGCCAUGUCCCAUCAUCCCAUCUGUGCUCUAUAGUGAGCUGGCCUACACUGCUCAGGAAACAGCAAGUUUGGAGGAUUGUGGUCAGCAGAUAAGGAGGAUCCUGGACUCACCCAGCAUGCCACAGUCGAACCACCAGCUUCUGGUCUAUCUGACCCAUCACCUCAGCAAAGUGACCCAGAGUGGAGGAGCUGCUCAGGCCAGUGCCGGGUUUCUGGCUCAGGCUUACGUCGAGCUGGUCUUCAAAAACAGCCAUUUCAGCACGGACGUGAACCCUGAUCAUCACGUGAAGAUUCUUGAAGCCCUAAUCAUCGUGGGAGGCCUGACAGAGAUGCAAGCUGCCCCAGCUCUUCCUCCCAAGCCGGCCAAACCCAUGACUCCUGUGAACAGUAACGGCGUGAAGGAGGCUGCAAGCAGCUCGUUGCAGGAAGCUGAAUGGUACUGGGGAGACAUAUCAAGGGAAGAGGUGAACGACAAACUACGAGACAUGCCAGACGGGACCUUCCUGGUACGGGACGCCUCGACUAAAAUGCAGGGAGACUACACGCUAACUUUAAGGAAAGGCGGCAACAAUAAGCUAAUAAAGAUCUACCAUCGUGACGGCAAAUAUGGUUUCUCAGACCCGCUUACAUUCAGCUCGGUGGUGGAGCUCAUCAGUCACUACAGACACGAGUCUCUGGCUCAGUACAACACGAAACUGGACGUCAAGCUCAUGUACCCCAUCUCCCGCUACCAGCAGGAUCAGCUGGUAAAAGAAGACAACAUUGAUGCUGUGGGGAAGAAACUCCAGGAAUAUCACAAUCAAUAUCAGGAAAAGAGCAAAGAGUACGACAGACUAUAUGACGAGUACACAAAAACUUCACAGGAGAUUCAGAUGAAGCGCACCGCAAUAGAAGCCUUCAACGAGACCAUCAAGAUAUUCGAAGAGCAAUGUCACACGCAGGAACGCUACAGCAAAGAAUAUAUCGAGCGCUUCCGCAGAGAGGGCAACGACAAAGAGAUCGAAAGGAUAAUGAUGAACUACGCCAAACUCAAAUCACGACUUGGGGAGAUCCACGAAAGCAAAAUCCGCCUGGAGCAGGACCUGAAAACACAAGCUCUGGACAACAGGGAGACGGACAAAAAGAUGAAUAGCUUAAAGCCAGACCUAAUCCAGCUAAGAAAAAUCCGAGAUCAGUAUCUUGUCUGGCUGAAUCACAAAGGCGUACGUCAGAAACGAAUAAAUGACUGGCUGGGCAUCAAAAACGAGAACACAGAUGACACUUACUUUGUGAGUGAAGAGGAUGAGAACCUGCCACACUACGAUGAGAAGAGUUGGUUUGUUGGGGACCUGAACCGCACACAGGCUGAGGAUCUUCUGCUGGGAAAACCGGACGGAGCCUUCCUCAUCCGGGAGAGCAGCAAGAAGGGCUGUUACGCCUGCUCUGUAGUUGUGGACGGAGAAGUGAAGCACUGUGUGAUCUACAGCACGCCGCGUGGUUACGGCUUUGCUGAGCCAUACAACCUGUACAGCACUCUGAAAGACCUUGUUCUGCACUAUCACCAGACCUCGCUGGUCCAGCACAACGACUCGCUCAACGUGCGCCUGGCCUACCCCGUCUACGCACAGAUGCCCUCAGGCCCCCGCAGAUGAGGCCCUGCCCACUCCAACACACACACACAUACACCUUCAAGCAAAACAAUAUCCAACACGACAAACACUUGCUGCAACACACACCACACACACACACACGUCAGCCACCUUCGGAGUUCUAUAUUUUUACUAGAACAAUUUGGAGGGCAUUCUUUCUAAAGACUGCUUGAUUUGCACAAGGAAGUUUUAAAUGUUUGUGAAUGUGAAAAAACAAAAAAAGACAGAAGGAAGCAGAAGAGGCGAGUUUCAGGUGACCCACGCUGCUACCUAAACUCCAGCUGGGACUUUUUACAUGCUUCAUGAUUUAAAGCUUUUUCUUUUUCUUUUUCAUUGUCAUUCAUUUGUACAUUUUUAUCCCAACCUCCUUUACUAAGUGUAAGGCAGGAAAAUAUAUAUGUUUUGUUUCUUCUUUCUCUCUCUCUCUGUCUGUCUCUCCCCUUUUUUUUUUCUCUCUCUCAUUGUGUAUGCUGAAAAGGCAAAUGUAUGUAGCAAACAGACGCCUGACACUUUCCAGAGUGUUUCUCACAGUAACUGCUGCUGAACAAGGGAUUGUGGGAGGGAACGGAACAGGACAGGGGUAGGGUGGGCCAGGGGGAACAAGCUGAGAGGGCACAAGUGAAAAUAUGUCAUAGUCUUAAAGAAAACAAGCUUGCUUUUAUAUGUUAGAGGGGAGCUGUCUGUUUUUUUUUUUCUUGUUUUUGUUUUAUUUGUUUGCUUUUCUUGCUGGAUCUGAUCUUUUUGUUGUCUCUUUUUUAUUUUUUUUAACUCUUUCUGAGCAGUAAUGGUGUUACAGUCCAGUGCAGAGACCAAAGUUAGCAUAGGGAGGAAGUCCCAUUUUAUUUUAUUUUUUUUCCUGUGUUCUGUUCAUUUGUUUAAUGAAAAUGAGAGGAAAGUGUUAUUUCCCCCUAAAACCUUAGACUCCAUAACUAGAGCUCCAGACAAAAAUAAAGACUAGAAUUUUCUUGACUGGAUUUUCUUCUUCUUCUUUUUAAUAAAGCUGUUCUUGACACAUUUCGAUGUGAUUCCUAGAACCACAAACAGUGAUGAGAGUUUAUUUAAAAAAUAAACCCAGUCAAGGAAAUCUGCUGUCUUCUGCAGCUCUAGUUAAGUCUGAAUAGGUUUUAGGGAAAAAUGUCACUUCUGCUAAUGCCUAUGCUAAUAAAAUGCUAACCACACAUGAAAUAGAGUUCAGGCCCUUUUUCUUUUUCCCCCCGAUGUGAAGCACUUAUUUGACAUGAUAAAUCCUGCAGCUGUACGAUUUGUGCGGCAAAUUAAAAAGGAAAAAGUAAACCAUGAAACACUAUUUGAUGUGUGGUUGUAAAAAAAAAUAAUAAUACCGAAUCUCUGUUAAUUGUUAAAGACAAAACUUGUGUUUGAAUGAUGGAGUGUACGAGAAGCGGAAGCAGUGGGUCAGUGAUGAGAAGGACUUGCUUUAAACUUGAAGAGGGUGCACGUGUAUCGAUAGCAUGGAGGUCUAACAAAACGAGCGCUGGGGCAUCCAUCAGCGAUAAUCACAUGCACCGAGACCCCUUUGGAGAAAAAUGCUCCUUUUUUUCCACCUGGUGCUUCUUAUAAACGAGUGAAUGCUUUCAUUUUGUCCAAACGGUCAACAUUUGACUACUUGUUAGCGUUCAUGUCGCACAAUAAACAAAAAAAAGAAUCCGAUAACGUCACGGUGAAAUGCACAAUAAUUACUGGCCACAUGACUUCUCAUUAGCACUGGACACUCUCUCUCUCUCUCUCUCUCUCUCUCUCUCUUUCUCUUUUCCUGCUGCUCAUUGUUUUUGGUACCGUUUCGUCCACGCUCCUCUUUUGACGCUAGAUCGUUCAGGCCUGAUUUUCCUGGCGCUCGAUUGCUUUUUGAUGUCAGUCACUUCUCACACACCGCAUGGGCAGCUGAAGGAGCAUAACGUGCUUAUUCCUCCUUUAUAAACUCUAUGCAUUACGUCCACCUCUGUGUCACACUCGCUCCUCUAUAUUGUACUCCGCACCAGAGAGGUUGUGAAAUGUUCUUCACAAGUUUACGUACAAAAACGGUCAAAUGCACAGUCAGUAUUCCUGUAUUCCCCCUCUGUUAUAUCAGGAGUUAGUGGUCAUUCUGAGCAUCCGAACCCGGACUUCUCGUGUGGUCGGUCAGGUCGAGCGCAGCUGGCAGGACAGGCGAGGGGCGCGGUUUAGUCGUGUCCUCGUCUCACACGGCCGGCGAGCUCCCUCGAGUGCAUGCGCUUUAUCUGUCUUCCCUCUUCACGCCCUGAGUGUACGGCUUCGAGAUAACGCCACAUUCAGGCCCCGAGUUCUUGAUCGAAGCCACAUGUCCUCACAGCUUGUGACUUGAAGUUGGCCAGACAGUGAAGGAUUCCUUUCUCUCUGUCCUCUACAUUGCAGCCCUUCCUCUGCCUCGCACCAUGGCAACUAGCACAAGAGCGAUAGAGGCUCCUCGUGUGACCGCGUGUCACGGCUCUCGCUAGCUGUAAUUGCCGAGGAAUGAGCAGCGGUGAAGCUUCCCGGUGCACGCUGGGAAAAUUUCAAGAAUGACCAAUGUCUCCACACGGGCAUCUCCACAACUUUUCAAACCCCUUCCCAACAAAUACUUGAUUUCCUCUUCUGCACUAUGACCCCAUGCGCAUGGUGGCAGCCCUGUUCACAUGCACAGGGUUCGCUUUUGUUUUGACUUUCUGUAAAACUUUUAUAGAUCAAAGAUUCUAUUUAGCGUCUCUCUCUCUCUCUCUCUCUCUCUUUUUGUUUUCCUUUUUUCAAAGAUGCAGAUUGUUUGUCUAACCUGGGCCACUGACAGGUCCUCUCUCUAUUACUUGAACUAUUGCAUUGCUCACUGUUGAAUGUCUUUAUAUUGCAUAUAUACAAAAUAUAUUAAAGAAGAGGAAAUCCCUUUUAUGACAGUUCGGAAUCUAUGUAAACGCAUUUAUUCAAAAGACACAACUUCAAGUGUUUGGUUGUUUCUUAAAGGGGUUUGCUUUAAACUGAAAUACGACUGUUUAUUGGAUCCUGCUGUCCAAUAUUGCACACAUCAUAUCGAAGAGACUUUAUAGAACAACGUUACAAAGGCUGGCGACAGAGUUGAGGGUUUGUUUUUGCUUUUCUUUGCUUUUCUUUUCUGUGUGUCAUACAACUCCUACAUUUACUGAACAAUUGUUAAGGCUGAGUUGUAAAAGUUGAUUUUAUUUUAUUUUCUUAAUUCCUGGCAUUGAGACCAAAGAUUUGAGUUUGAUUGUUGUUCUGAGCGAAUGCGUAGUUUUUCCCUAUUUUUAUUUUUUUUUUUUUUGCAUCAAUGAAAACUCGAGGUGAUAUACUGGUUGGGUUUUUAUUCGUACUUGUCUUAUAAAAUAACAACAACAGCAACAAAAAACAGAUAACAGACUAUUGUGAAUUUCAUUAACGGAGUAUUCUCAGACUGUUGAAGAAUCCGAGGCGAAACCUUUCCACCGAGUAACCCUAAACCAGUUAAGAGUUUCAUCUUUAUUUUAUUUUUCUUUCUCCCUCCAGGAAGUGUUUGAACAGUUUAGUGUGCCAUCAGUGUUUUCCUUUCCGACCGACUGCUCACUGACACACGCCACCCGAAUCCUGUCUGUCGCUCUCACCUUCAGAAAAAGUUAGACCUAGCUGGAGGCUUCAAUAUAUAUAUAUAUAUAUAUAUAUAUAUAUAUAUAUAUAUAUAUACUUCUCCUAUGGAUGUUGCACCGAGAGAAAAGCAAAACUAGUGCACCUAGCAAUUUGUGAUUCGUCUCAACAACAACAACAAAAUACACACACACACACACAAUGUGAUCAUUCUCUGCAGGGCAGAAAAGCAGUGGGGUUCGUUGGGCACUCUUUGUUCACACACUCCACAAAGCAUGCAAUAUUUCAUUUUUCUUUUUCAUUUUCUUUCCUUAAAAGGUUUCAGGGACAAAAAAAACAAAACAAGCAUUGCAUUGGGGGGUUCGUAUGAAGGACAUGUUUACCAGAGGGAAAAAAAGAAAGAUGUGGGACAGGGAUGCGGGGGGGAAAAAAAAAAACAAAACUAAACAGAGUUAAAGAAAAACGGUGCAUUACUUCAAAAGCUCAAAGGGUUCGGGCAUGAACCAAAACCUCUCCACUCACCUCGAACUGUCUGCAUUGUGAUCAGAUCAUCAGGCUUCGGUUAUUUCAAGACUGUUAACGCCACAAUGUACCAAUCUCUUGCCCUUUCGUGCAGUUCUGCAAAGUUUUAUUUGCAGUCGGGUUUGAAUAUUGUUGUGAUUCUCAUUGGGGAGUCUUUUAUGUUCUUACCAACUAACUGUCACAUCAUGACACCCAGCACAGCUUCAUGGAGUAAAGCUUCUUAUAUUUAAAUAAAGAAGGAAAAAAAAAAUGGAAAAAUAAAAUAAAUAUGUUAAAAAUAUAUUUAAAAAAAAAAAAAAAAAAAAAAAGCCCACUCUUCCCUCCCACUUUGACAUACGUACAAACCCAGCAUGCUUCUUUGGUACUCUUGACUGUUGUUUUGUGUAAAAAAGAAAAAGGAAAAGGAAAAAAAAAAAAAAAAAGACGUUGUUGAAACAAGAACUGUUAUUUGUCUGUUUAUGGUGUUGUCAGAUAUACAUUUUUGAUAUCGCUUAUUAAAAACACUGCUUUUUCAGCUGUACUAAGUUUGAACCCUUGUGUUUCAGUGGACAAGGCAAAUAUGAUAUUGUUCCUAAAUACUGAGAACGAGGGGGGGAGGGCGUGUCAGCAAUAGCAAAACCUGCCACAGGAUUUUUUUUUCACUGGAUCGCGACAAAGAAUCUACCCCAGCUAACUCCUGAGACAGCAGCGGUCGGGUUUUAAACACACACUUUGUCGUCGAAUAUUUGCCGGACACCAGCAGAUAUCUCUAGACUCAGCUCGAGCAAUAAGCCGUCGGCCCCGAAAUCGGCUAAGAUCGCCGUAUCCCGCGAUUCCAAGCGAACGCUAUGAGGAUAAAUCAAGAAAUAAAGCGAAAAGCACGCACCAAACUCGAAUCUUUUCUGCACUACCUACACAUGCGUUCUGUUUGUUUGUUUGUUUGUUUGUUUUCCCUCGCCGCCCCGGUAACAGCACAGCAUCUCGUUCCGUUGGUUCGAUCUGGAGAAGAAGAGUAGAAAACGUCCUCUUUCUCAGUAUUUGAAUAUCAUCCUUUGCUACAGGCUUCUUGAUACUCCUCAGUUGUUUUCCACCAUAUUUUCUCGUAUCUGUUAACAAUAGUUUGUAUCGGUUGUAGACUCUCCAUUUGUUAUGAGAUGAACUCAUGUAUAUUCUUCAAUGGAACUCCACAAUAUUCAUUUCUCUUGCGGAAUAAAGAAAAUAUUUUGUCCA